GACUGCACUGGCCAAUGAAAAAUCACUGAUUAUGUACUUUGUACUGCAUACUGCGAUGGAAACAUACUUCUCUCUUUUCUGUAUCUUUCACUUCUAGUGAGAUUCUCUCUCAAGCCACAAGAUACAGCCUGCCCAGAACCUAUUUCUUAACUACCACUGCCACGUAAGACCCUGCAUCGAAAAUGCAAGCUCCAUCUCCAGUGGUCAUUGUAACUCAGCCUGGAGCUGGUCCGGUUCCUCAAACCUCUAACUGGCAGACGGGCAUGUGUGACUGCUUCAGCGAUUGCGGCGUCUGUCUCUGUGGCAUAUUUUGCUUCACGUGUCUUGCAUGUCAAGUUGCAUCUGAUAUGAAUGAAUGCUGUCUGUGUGGAACAAGUGUUGCAAUGAGGACCCUCUACAGGACUCGAUACGGCAUCCCGGGAUCCAUUUGUGAUGACUAUAUCGUGACCCUUUGCUGUCCUCUGUGUUCUCUUUGCCAAAUCAAGAGAGACAUCAACAGAAGGAGAGCCAUGCAUACUUUCUAAAAAAACAAUGGUGAAGAGCUCUUUUUUUUCUUUCCUUUCUCCUGUGGUCUCUCUCCUGACCUCGUGAAGAGCUCUUACUGAAGCAACUAAAACCAGCUCUACACCUCUUCAGCUUGAGUGCUUCUCCACUUUUUGCAAUUGAAAUAUGAUUGGUAUGUUUAAUCACAAUCAAUGGGGUAAAAAAAAAUUGAACUUUGAUUUAUUUUAAAGGAGUGUUGUCCCUUAGUUUUUCUAAAUGGUCCAGCUUAGUUUCUCCUUGCUAUUAAAUUUUCUGGCUUAUAAAUUUUGUAUUACAUUUAAAAUAUAAACCGAAUAAAAGAUUUUACUAACAUGAA